AUGUGGAAAAACACUCUCAUUGAAAUAAGCAACCGCGCCGCCAAGAAGGCCGCACUCCCCGGGCUGAAUAAGCUGCAAAAAACGGUGGCCACAGAUCUCAGCAUUUCACGCGCCUAUUCCAGAGAGAGUACGGCCCCGCUGUUUUCCGCUAAAUCAGACGCUCUUCGUGAUUCACGAAAUGACUACCUCACACACCUUCAGAGCAGUACGCUCUACUCCUCUCUCUCAACAUUGACACCAGCAGUGCGCAUCACCGACGAGAGCGAUACUCUCUUACGAAGUGCAGAGGGGUUUCCCUUUCUCUAUGCCCAGGAAGCCUUUUGUGUCUUGAUCAAAGCGGGAGAAGUUCAAAACGCACUAAGGCUGACAACCUUCUGGAAGUACCAGAAGCCCAAACACCUGAGAGUGGCUCGCAAGAAGGUGAAGCGUGAACUUCUCAGAACAAUUAGCACCUUGGAAGAAGUGAAAGAUGCCUUGACGCUGAAGGCGCUUAUCGAUAUUCUAAGUGCAGCCCUGCACGAACAGCAGUUGGCGCACAAAUCAGCCUUGCAAGCUGUAUCGCUAGCACACAGCAAUGCCUGCCCGCCAUUCAUUCAAUACAAGCUCUUUGCGCUCCUCGGCUCGACGGCAACCGCAGACAUCCUUGUCUGCGCAGCCGAAGCCGCAUGCCGACUCGAUGGUCGAGAAGGAAUUUCUGUGUUGGAAAAGCUAGUCAUUUUGGACAAGUGUGCCAGUGUCAGCGUCAGUACAGCUGCGACAGCCCACCUUCCGUACCAGCUGUACCGUUUGCUUGAGUCGUGGGCAGCCGAAAGGCUGCUCGAUGCAAAGCUUACCGAGCAAGUCUGCCCCGACUUGCCCCCCAAGCUUCUGCACCCCUCCCACUACACGACUUUAGACAUCCUCGCUCUCAGCGCUGCAGAGGCGCGUUACAUUCAGAAAAACUGGGUUUCGUGUGGCCUUUUUCAACCCAGCUCCGACAAGAUGGGUCAGUGCUCAGAAUGGAGUUGCAUUAUGAGUCGACUGCUUGCUAGCUCGAAAACACUGCAAGCUGUUGAGGCGAAGUGUUUACUCAUUGCUCUGAUCUGUGGCCCUGCAAAACCCGCAAUCACCGGCGACAGCCGUUCCCUCAGGGCUGCUCGAGGGAACAUUUUAGGACUUCUCCGCAAUUUACAGCCCAGCGUCCGCCGUCAUGCCGCCGCGAAUUUACUGAAGAAACGUCACCUUUUUUUGGCAUUGAAAAUAUCACCUUUUACUACGGUGUGCGUUUACCUGCAGUCUUUUCACUCUAAGAAUACGGUUGACCCGACGCUCUGUAAGAUCUGUACGGCACUUCUUUUUCGGCUCUGCCGUGCCGGCCGUUACGCUGACGCUGCGCGAGUAAUAUGGAAUCAUCUAUCUGUUGAAUGUUCUGUGACUGCGGCGCACUUCAAGAAAAAUGCAAUGGCAGUGGAAUUUGCUGUAGUUGCGGUGAGUCACGCAAUGCGUGAGGCGUGCGCGAAGAAGUAUAGUCGGAGUUGGAUGGGUUACCGAUCUCUUGCAUUGCUGCGCGCAGCCGCCUCCGCUUCUCACCACGUUACUGUGAUGUACUGCGUUCCCGUUUGCGUCGGUGCACUCGAAUGCGGCGUCCCUUUUGCAGCCGUGAAUGAAGCACUUUCACGUAUUUUUAGCAAUGAUGCGGCGCAGAAAGCAUGGGCACUGAAUCUGGUGCGAUUGUGUUCAGACGCAGAGGUUACCCCGACAAAAGUGAGGGCAGACCGUUGCGGUAUCGCCGUCAAUAUUGCCUCCUAUCUUGCGCAGAUGUGUCGGCUCCAGGGAAAUAAAGACGGAGAGGCAGUAUUACAGGGACCUUCGCGGAGCAAGCAGCUUGCUUUGUGGACAACACUGACGGAGCCGCACUCAAACCCUCGCUUGAAUGCACUGAUGACAGCUGUUUUUUUGGACCGCACUGCCCGUGACUCGAUCAUUGAGUGCACAUGGUUUCCUCUACAGUCGCAGAACACUCAGGUUUUCCCUCAGAAAGAGCGCGCAAACGAAAUGCCGCUUUUAGACAUCUGGAAUUGGGAGGUUGCGGCAGCAAUGGCUUCGAAUUGCUUCCGUGAUGAAAGCUUCACGGCAUUUCUCGAGUGCCUGAAGCGCCGAAAGCCGAGCUGCAUUAGGCGCACUAGUGGUAACUCAGAUAAUGUUGCUGCACUUCUGUGCAGUGAGCUGGAUAUUCACUAUCCUGCUCCUGUGGUCUUCCGAGGUCAAUACCAUAGUUUUCACUCUUCAGAGACUACAAGAGCAAUCCAAUAA